AGAUCCCCGAUGUGGACAUCGACUCCGACGGCGUCUUCAAGUACGUGCUGAUUCGAGUCCACGCGGCGCCGCCCUCCGGAGCCCCGGCAGGGGAAAGCAAGGAGAUCGUGCGCGGCUACAAGUGGGCCGAGUACCACGGGAUAUGGUCGGGCCCAGCACUCCAUCUCCACUGAGAAGAUCAAAGCCAGGUACCCUGACUACGAGGUCACCUGGGCCGAUGACGGCUAUUGAGACCCACCUGCAGCCUGCUGCCUCCAGCUACCCAUUCGGAACGCUGAGGGACUGGGCUGCAUCCCCUGGCACUGUGCCCCUGGCCAGGCCUAGGAGACACACACCAGUCUGGUCACAGUGCCCGGGUUUACCUCGCCCAUGGGAAUUAAAAGCAUUGUCAUCCCUGCCGGUCCCUGGAUGCUGUGUGUCUCAUCUUCUCUGCUCCUGAGUCUUCUCUCCAGACCCCUAAGUGGGUGGUGGCUGAGAGGCUGAGUCCCCUCCUGGCUGCCCCUCAGCCGGCCCCAGGGAGUGGCAGUGCAUACUCAGCUCUUUGGGGUCUGAUAAGGGAGCCCCUGAGCUGCUGUCCCCGUUUAUGGCCUAAUUGCUCCUCCACGUGGUUACUAUCCCCAAGGACAUCUGGGAGGGGGCCCACCUAGCUCUUGCGCAAGGAGUCAGUGCCCGGUCCCUUGGGGCCAGCCAAGGAGGGAGUGCCCAUCCCAGUGUGCAGGGCAAGGAGGACACCAUCCUGGCUGGCUGAUUUCAGUGUCCCUGUGUGCUCUGCCACCUGAAGUCACACAUGAAAGUAGCCUGUGACUCCUUGCUUCCAAGGUCAGGCCCCACGGCCCCUGCGGCGCAGCCAAGGGCUCCCGCCCGAAGUCCACAGGCAGAGCUGCUGAUGUGGGGCUGGGACCCCCUCUCCCGGGCCCCACUCCUGUCCACAGUGCAGGGCUAUGCAGGGUCACGAGGCGCACUGAGUGUGGGUGCCCCUGCUUCGGCUGCAGCUACGUCAUGCGGCCAUGUGCGCCUUUGGCGAGCUGAAGAGCAGGCGCUGCCGCCUCUGUGUUUUACAGCGGAGGAAACGGGCUUGGGCGAGGCACGCUUCGAGGUCACAGCAUGCACUGCAGGCAGAGCCUGGCUCCUAGCCCUGUACUGGGGGUCUGUGGUCUGUGCCAUGAGACCCAGGGCCCCUGGGUACCCUGCCAUGCUGCUCGGGACAGCUGUCAAUGAAUAAGCGAUUUUUUAUAAGCGAGCGAGUGGACAGGAACCGCAGGCAGAGUGAUGGAGAUGGGGCUGCUGUGGUCCUGACAGCUGGGGGUUUGCACAAGCUAGGCUGCUGGCGGCCCUGGGCCAGGCGGUCCUCAAAGCCCAGGUUGGGACAGAGGCCCUGGGAGAGGUGGCCUCAGCCUGCGCUGCCUCCAGCAGGGCGUCCAGCAGGCGGGGCCGGGCAGCAGUGGGCUCGAUGGCCGGGGCCUGACCUUCGGUCUGAAGCUGCUGGACAGGUGGGAGCUGACCUGGGGCAGGGGCCCCUCUUGGACACUUUUACAACCAGAAGUUUAUACCCAUCGACAAGGGGCGGGGCCGGCUGGGGACCAGUCUCCAGUUGGAGCAGUCAGCCUGAUAAGCAGGCAGAGUCCCUACCAGGCUGCUCAGCGUGCCCAGGACCCCUCGCCUCGCUCCCUCUGGCCUGACCAUGCCUCUGCCCAGCCACCUUCUGCCCGCUCUGGUCUUGCUCCUGGUAGGGUCCCCAGGCUGGGCCUGGGUCCCCAACCACUGCGCGACCCCCAGCGAUGCCCUGUGCAACUUCGUGUGUGACUGCAGUGACUGCUCCGACGAGACCCACUGCGGUUACCAUGCGACCCCAUCCGCCCUGGGCGUCCCCUUCGCCUGCGACUUCGAGCAGGACACCUGUGGCUGGCGAGACAUCAGCACGUCAGGCUACAGCUGGCUCCGGGACCGGGCCGGGGCCGCACGGGGAGGCCCGGGCCCAGGCUCAGACCACACUCGCGGCACCGACCUAGGCUGGUACGUGGCUGUGGGUACCCACCGUGGGAAAGCAGCAUCCACCGCAGCCCUGCGCUCCCCCGUGCUCCGCGAAGCGGCCCCCGCCUGUGAGCUGAGGCUCUGGUACCACGUGGCCUCUGGAGAUGCAGCCGAGCUGCGGUUGGAGCUGACCCACGGCACGGAGACGCUGACCCUGUGGCAGAGCUCAGGGCCCUGGGGCCCAGGCUGGCAGGAGCUGGUGGUGGCUACCGGCCGUAUCCAGGGCGACUUCCGGGUGACCUUCUCUGCCACCCGAAAUGCCACCCACAGGGGCGCUGUGACAUUGGACGACAUGGCCUUCUCGGGCUGUGGGCUGCCCAGCCCCCAGGCUCGCUGCCCCCUGGGGCAACACCAGUGCCAGAACAAGGCCUGCGUGGAGGCCCAGCAGCUGUGCGACCGGGAGGACGACUGUGGGGACAGUUCCGACGAGGACGUGUCCACCUGCAGCCGCCACAUGUCCACGGACUUUGAGACAGGCCUGGGCCUGUGGGACCACUCGGAGGGCUGGACCCGGAACCACAGCGCUGGUGGACCCGAGCACCCCGCCUGGCCUCGCCGUGACCACAGCCGGAACAGCGCUCAGGGCUACUUCCUGGCCUCCGUGGCCGAGCCCAGCGCCCCUGCCACCCUCUACAGCCCCGAGCUCCAAGCCUCAGGCCCACACAACUGCUCGCUCACUUUCUACCACUACCUGCACGGGUCUGAGGCCACCUGCCUCCAGCUGUUCCUGCAGACUCAGAGGCCGGGAGCCCCGCAGGCCCCUGUCCUGCUGCGCAGGCGCCGUGGGGAGCUGGGGGCCGCCUGGGUCCGAGACCGGGUGGACAUCCAGAGCGAGCACCCCUUCCAGAUCCUCCUGGCUGGGCACACGGGUCCCGGGGGCGUCGUGGGCCUGGACGACCUCAUCCUGUCAGACAGCUGCAAACCAGUCCCGGGUGAGCCUGCCGAGCCCCUUCCCUCCCCGGGGGGGGCUCAGCUCCCGCCUGCCUGACACCCCCACCCGUUCCAUCCUCCCCCCCCCGACAGAGGUCCCCAGGGUUUCUGUGAGCUGGGACAUCUGUCCUGCGGUGACCUGUGUGUCCCCCCGGAGCAGCUGUGUGACUUUCAGCAGCAGUGCGAGGGGGGCGAGGACGAGCAGCAGUGCGGCACGACGGACUUCGAGACCCCCACGGCCGCCGGCUGGGAGGACGCCAGCGUGGGGCGGCUGCAGUGGGGGCGUCGUCAGGCCCAGGAGAGUGGGGUUCCAGACACGGACGCCAGUGGAGCUGCUGCCGGGCACUUCCUGUCCCUGCAGAGGGCCUGGGGGCAGCUGACCGCCGAAGCCCGGGUCCUCACAGCCCCGCUGGGCCCGUCCGGCCCCCACUGUGAACUCCACCUGGCUUACUAUUUUCAGAGUCGCUCCCCAGGCUUCCUGGCGCUGGCCGUGGUGGAGGGCGGCUCCCGGGAGCUGGUGUGGCAGGCCCCAGGCAGCGGCAACGGGGUCUGGAAGGUGGACAGGGUCCUGCUUGGGGCACGCCGCCGGCCUUUCUGGCUGGAGUUUGUGGGCCUGGUGGACUUGGAUGGCCCGGGCCAGCAGGGCGCCGGGCUGGACGACAUGUUCAUGAAGGACUGCAGUCCCACAGUGGCCACCAAGAAGGACACAGAGGUCUCUUGUAACUUUGAGCGGGACACGUGUGGCUGGCACACAGGCCACUUCACUGACGCCCACUGGCACCGGACGGAGAGCCGUGGCCCUGGGUACGACCACACCACGGGCAGAGGCUACUUCAUGGUCCUGGACCCCGCCGACCCCCUAGCCCGGGGCCCUGGUGCCCACCUGCUCACCCGGCCUCAGACGCCGGCCGCCGGGCCGGAGUGUCUCUCCUUCUGGUUCCACCUCCACGGGCCCCAGGCCGGGACACUGCGCCUGGUGAUGAGACAGGACGGGAAGGCGGACACGCGCCUGUGGUCACGGUCAGGCAGUCAUGGCAACCGCUGGCACGAGGCCUGGGCCACCCUCCGCCACCAGGUGGACUCCGGCGCCCAAUACCAGCUGCUGUUCGAGGGCCUCCGGGACGGGUUCCACGGCACCAUGGCGCUGGACGACGUGGCCGUGCGGCCCGGGCCUUGCUGGGCCCCUGAGCUCUGCUCCUUCGAGGACUCAGCCUGCGGCUUCUCCACUGCGGGCCUUUGGACGCUCCAGACCAAUGCCACGGGCCACGCCGCCUGGGGCCCGGGCGCCGACCACACCACUGAGACCGCCCAAGGGCACUACAUGGUGGUGGACACGAGCCCACAGGCCCUGCCUCAAGGCCGCGUGGCGUCCCUCACCUCGGAGGAGCACAGGCCCCUGGCCCAGCCGGCCUGCCUGACCUUCUGGUACCACCUGAGCGCCCAGAAGCCAGGUACCCUGCAGGUCCACGUGGAGGAGGCUGGGAGGAGACAGGUGCUCAGCAUCAGCGGCCACGGAGGGCUCGCCUGGCGCCUGGGUAGCGUGGACGUGCAGGCCCAGCGGGCCUGGAGGGUGGUGUUUGAGGCUGUGGCCGCGGGGGUGGAACACACCUACAUCGCGCUGGACGACCUCUUCCUCCAGGACGGGCCCUGCCCUCGGCCAGCUUCCUGUGACUUUGAGAUGGGCCUGUGUGGCUGGAGCCACCUGCCGUCGGCUGGCCUGGGCGGCUACAGCUGGGACUGGAGCAGUGGAGCCACGCCCUCCCGCUUCCCCCAGCCUCCCGUGGACCACACCCUGGGCACUGAUGCAGGCCACUUUGCUCUCUUUGAAACCGGCGUGCUGGGCCCAGGGGGCCGGGCAGCCUGGCUGCGUAGCCAGCCUCUGCCGGCCACCAAGGCCUCCUGCCUCCGCUUCUGGUACUACAUGGGCUUCCCGGAGCACUUCUACCAGGGCCAGCUGAGGGUGCUCCAGAGCAGUGCCCGGGGCCAGCUAGCCGUGUGGGGCGCGGGCGGGCGCCUGCGGCACCAGUGGCUGGAAGGCCAGGUGGAGGUGGCCAGCGCAGAGGAGUUCCAGAUCGUGUUUGAAGCCAGUCUGGGCGGCCAGCCAGUCCUGGGGCCCAUUGGCCUGGACGACAUUGAAUAUCUGGCGGGGCAGCCCUGCCAGCUGUCUGCGCCCAGCCAGGGGGACACAGCGCGGGCCACUUUGGUGCCUGCUGCGGUCGGGGGUGCCCUUCUCGUCCUCAUGCUCCUGGUGCUGCUCGGGGUCCUGGGGCGGCACUGGCUGCGGAAGAAGGGUGGCUGUCCCUUUCGGAGCAGGGCGGAGGCCAAGGCCACCGGCUUUGACAACGUUCUCUUCAAUGCGGAUCAAGUCACCCUGCCAACGUCCGUCACCAAUGACCCGUAGAUGACCCAGAGGAGACCCUGGCUCCUCACGUGCCCGGGUAGCGUUCUCACCCCAACAAUAAACACCCCGACCUGUGACGGCAGCCCCCACUUGCCGACCAAAAUCUGUGUGUCCUGCUCUGUCCACCCUCCAGAAAAUGGCUCCCGGGAUCCCUGUGCCCAACCUUCCCGAAGCUGAACUUGGCAUCUCCAUCUCAGUGGCUUGGGUGACAGGAAACAGGUCACACCGGACAGGGUCGGGGCUAGAGGGACCAGGAGUUAGAUGGGGCAGGACCCUGAGAAGCCACUGCACUGGCCAGGUGGGAACCCCCACUGGGUGGGACUCAAACCAGGCCCACCUGGCCCCACCUUACUGGGUGAUUCUGCACCUGGUUUGGGACACACUGAAGAGCAAACACUUAACCGGGUCCCACGUGUCAUGAAACAGGUCUGGUGGGGGACAGGCCCCGCUGUGCCCACCAUCCCACGGUCGGGGUCCCCCAUGUCCAUCCCACUGUAAAGGUCUAAGCAGUCCCCAAAAUGAUAACAUAUCAAAGCAGAGGUCACUUGGUGCUACCAUGACAACCCUGAGCGGGUCCCUGUUAAACAAAGCUGAGGUUUUGUCCUCCUGACCUCACAGGGGUCUGAGGAAGGCGACUCCCUGGAGGUGUGUCCAGGUGCCUGGCGUCCCCACGUGCCAUCUCACCUAAUAAAAUAAAGUCAGGUGGAUCUCAGGGUGGGUCCCAGCUCUGCUCCUCCCCUGAGAUUCGGACACUGCCACGCAUGGGCCUGGAAGGCCCCACUGGACAUGGCUGUCCUGGGGGAGGGGGUGACCGCCGCACCACCAGGCACUCCCCUCCAGUUUGCUCCACGCUGCCACCCUGGCCCACUGUUCGCAGGGGAGGGUGUGGCUGGG